AUGAAGACCACUGCCAUUGCCCCCACGAGUCCUUUCUUGUCCCCGCAUUCACCGCGAGUGGAGCAGGCGCUGGAAUGGAACGUCCCACAAGUCCGGGUGGACCUCCAACAGGCUUGUCGCGUCUUGUCGGACCGGGGUCUCAAGCUCGCCGCCAAAUGGGCAGCCGAGCAGUGGAUGGGUCUACCUCCCUUUACCAAAGCGAAGACUCUUGGCGAAUCGACAGUGAAUAACGUCCGCGAACCAGUUUUGGCACCGUCCGUGGUCGUGGAGGAGCUCGGGGAUGUCGAGGCAACGAACCCGCACGUCUACUACGCCAAAUCCUUGAUGGAUUUGGGGGAGUACGCACACGCCGCUGCGGUACUCAGUGCACCGAUCCCUAAGCACGCGUCGAUUGAAAGUAUGCCACCUCCCUUGGCGGGUUUGUCGCCCGCCGCGUUCUACCUCCGGGCCUACGCCUUGUACAUGGCCGGCGAACGACGCAAAGAAGAAGAAUACCUCGAGCUCAAAAAUGAAGCACAAAAACACGUUCCGGCGCGGAAUCCCUACCUGCAGCAGCUUUCGUUCGAGCUGCUGGACGCCUACGAGGAUGAUCGAUUGGAUGCGUUUGGCUUGUACGUGUACGGCAUGAUACUCGUGGCUUGCGAAACGCAUAACACCGUCCCGCCGCAUUCACCUCCCGCCUUUCAAGUUUUGGUACGGAGCGUAUGCCAAUUUCCUUGGAACUGGAGUGCCUGGUUGGACUUGGCCACUUGCGUCGUACAGAAUCGCUCGCUGGAACGCAUUGUGGAAGACGGUUUGGAGGAUCUGCACGGACAUUGCGUGUAUCAUUUGUUUUGCGCCCACAUUCACGUCGAACAUCAAGACCAUGAGGAAGCCUUGGUCCUGUACGAACGGUGGAUGGAGCCCAAGUUGCUGCCCGCGUCCCCCUACGUGCUGACCCAGUACGCGAUUGCGCAGUACCACUUGCGGCAAUUCACCCCGUCCCAAACCGUCUGGGAGAAUCUGCAUCAAACCAUGCCGUACCGAAUCGAUUCCAUGGACGUGUAUUCCAAUAUUCUCUACGUUCAGGAAGAUGCGGUGGGUUUGAGUCAGUUGGCCCAUACAACCGUGCAAGUAGACAAGUAUCGCGCAGAAACGUGCUGCAUUGUUGGCAACUAUUAUUCACUGAAACAGCAACGAGCCAAGGCCAUUCAGUACUUUCAACGAGCGCUUAAAAUUGAUCGGACCUUUACCAGUGCCUGGACACUGAUGGGGCACGAAUACGUGGAGUGGAAGCAGACGGCCAACGCCAUGGAAGCGUAUCGACGGGCGGUCCAAGUCGCUCCCGAAGACUACCGUGCCUGGUACGGUCUCGGCCAAACGUACGAAAUUCUCAAUAUGCAUUUGUACGCCCUGUACUACUAUAAGAAAGCCGCCCACCUGCGACCCUACGAUGCGCGGAUGUGGUGCGCGGUCGGCACGACCCUGGUGCAGUUGAAUAUGGUCGCCGACGCCAUUCGGGCGUACGAAAAGGCCUUGUCACACGACGACAAGGAAGGGGUAGCGACACAAAAGUUGGCGGCCCUGUAUCAACAAGAAGGGCAGCAAGAAAACGCGGCUCAAUGCUAUAUGCGACAUCUGGAACUGCGACAUCAGGUAACCUAUCCCAAUGCGGGCGCUUUGGGCAGCAGUAGUCUCACCCUGGAGACGAUGCUGCAGGGACUCGUGUUGGAAAGUCCGGAAGCCGAGGCUGUGCUGUUCCUGGCCAACUACCACAAGUCGCACGGGGAGCUGGAUACGGCUGGGACCUUGGCUUCGCGUUUGUUGGAAUAUUCGGGGCCGGAAAAAGAACAAGCCAAAGCAUUGUUGCGAGAACUGCGGUCCCGCAAGGCCACGGUGGAACGUCGCGGCAUGCAAACCCGAUCGCAAGACACGGCCCCAGACGACUCGUUUGCCUUUUCUCCCUAA